AUGUCAAUAUCUCUGCACUGCCAUGUUCCUCGUGAUAAAUCUCGUCAAAGCAAUGCAUUUCGUUCGAAAAGUCAACCGUCAGUCGAACAGCGCUCUAGCAUUUAUCAGCCAUUAAAUCCAAUCGUUGCACAUCCAAUGAAAACUUAUUUCGAAAAUAUUCUUCACUUAACGCCUUAUCGUUUUAUAACAGUAUCGAAUUCAUUUGUUAACCGAACAAGAAUAUCGCCAAGUUCAAGUAUAUUUGUGCAAAGUGAUCGUUCAACACAUGGAAAAACUGGACAACCAUCCGCUGUUUCAGUUUAUAGUAAUCAUUCAACAAAUGUUAAUUCAUUCUAUGAAAAUCGAUUUUUGCCAAGUAAAUUGACAUUGAAGUUUCGUCGUGCAGGUAACUUAGUUUUAUUCGCAAUGUAUUGGUGUAAGUUUGCCCGGAAAAAAAAUCAGCAACGUUCAGUUCUCUAUCAAUCCUAUUUACAAACAGCUGGUCCAACAGAAAAGUACAUGUUCGAUAAGUCGAAUUUUAAAAUUCAAGCCUUCGAAAUUUUGCCCGUAGUGCAAAAGUUUUUUAAACAAACAGCCAAUGAACGCAUCAUGGAUAAUGCCGAACAGAUUCGAAAAUGUUUAUCUGAUAUUAAACCAUUUACACGGUUACCAAUACAAUUUCAAGAUGACUUAUUGCGCCUAGCUUGGUAUGAAUGUCAUCUUGAUAAGCGCACAAUUGUUCGACAAGGUGAACGGGCUGCUUAUUUUUAUAUAAUAUUGUCUGGCUCAGCCAUUCCAACAUAUAAACGAGCAGCUGAUGGUAAUAUCGAAACAUUGGAUGUUUUAAAACGAGGAUGCACAUUCGGAGAAAAAGGUAUAAUGGCCAAUUCAACACAAAGUUUUACUGUUACAUCACAAACCAAGAUUGAAUUAUUAGUUUUAUGGAAAGAAGAUUUUAAAUCAAUCUUUAUGAGUACGGAUCGACAUUGCAGUAAAGAUAAUAUAGAAUUUUUGAAAAACCAUGUGCCAUUUCUACAUGGUUUUCCAGUUGAACGUUUAACUGAAACACCGAAUUCAAUUCAGCAUUGUCAUUUUAGACAAUUGGAAGUAAUUGCAAAAGAUAGUCGCCGUAUGCAACAUUUAUUUAUAGUUAAAAAAGGUUCACUUGAUGUAUGGAAACGUCUUGAUCCCAGUGAUUCUGUUCGAACAAUGACAAAAAAGAAUUCUGUUCAAGUCGAAGAACAAACCCUUGACGAUGAGGAUGAAGCAACGGGAGAUAAUCGUACAUUAUUUUCAGAGGUUCAACUCAGCGGUGAUAUUAAUGAGUCUGCGUCGCAUGACAGUGGACUCGAGGCUGAUUUUCGAUUGAGUCGUUUACGUCGUACAUCAGUUGAAGAUCAACGAAUUUCAUCUGCAUUAUCGGCAGCAACUCGAAUGGUUAACAAUGAUGUUAAAAAAUUUCCUGGUUUAGUUGAUAAACGUGAUCGACUGUUAUUGAUUGAUUAUGAUAAACUAUCAGUUGCUAGUAAUACGACAAAAUCCACAUCAACAAAUGCACAUGCACAACCAAGACGAUCAACAAUCAAAACACCUGUAAAAUCUAAAUUAAUCAAUCCCGAUGCAAUGUUUUAUGUACAUGUUAAAACAAUCAAUGAAGGUCAACAUUUUGGUUUAACGGAUAUGUUAUUUCCAAAUCAACCAGUAUUAACCUUAGUUAGUAAUGAAUGUGAAUGCAUUUUAUUAAAUAAAUCAUCGUUUAUACAUCUUGCAUCUGAUCCAUUCAAACAGAGUAUGCGUCGAAGUGAAAUUCCAUUUCCAAACGAUACGGCCUUCUACAAAACGUAUCAUACAAAUGAACUUUGGAAACGUUUUUCAAAACAAGUCUAUCUCGAUGCAUUCGGACGAAUUAAUCAACAGCAUCCAAAGAAUAUAAAACAUUCAAGUAAUAUUAAUGAACGAAAACAUCAUCAACAACAGCAGCAGCAGCAACAAAAAACGAUUCUUAUCGGUGCUGCUUAA